GUAAGGCCAUACUUUUUGUUUUCAUGUUUCAUGAAGUUUUGUUGCGAGUUAAGUCGCAAAAAUCAUUGAAGUUAUCUUCAUUUAGUUUUUGUUUGCUAUACCUUUACUUUUUUUUCCUUAAUUGCUAUGUGUAGUCCUAAAAUUUUGGUGUGUGUUGACUUUGAUAAUACAUUAGUUGAUUGUAAUACUGAUGUGGAAAUUAAGAAGGUGCUACAUGGCAAAGAAAUACCUGAAGAAAUUGAGUCUUUAUCAAAGGUUUCCAAAGGAUGGACUGCUUAUAUGCGAGAACUUUUUAAAUUUCUUCACAAAAGUAACAUAACAAAGGAAGACUAUAUUCGAUGCUUGACACAAUUACCCAUGGUUCAAGGAAUGAAAGAGCUUCUUCUUCAAAUGUAUGAAAGUGGAGAUUGUGAAAUUAUAAUCCUUUCAGAUGCUAAUUCUUUCUUUGUCCAAACUAUUUUACGCCAUCAUCAAGUGAAUGGCACUGUCUCAAAAAUAUUUACUAAUCCUGCUGAAUUUGAUAAAGAUGGUUGCCUUCAAAUUAAGGAAUUUCAGAACCAAACUUCUUGCACUAGAUGCCCUCCUAAUUUAUGUAAAGGUUCUAUUUUAGGAAAUUACAUAUCUAAAAGAAUGAUAGAAGGUGUACAAUUUUGUAGAACUUUAUACAUUGGUGAUGGUCACAAUGAUGUGUGUGCAGCACUUCGUCUGGGAGUUAAUGAUUUUGUAUUUGCCAGAGCAGGUUAUCGUCUUCUGAGAUCCUUAGAGAAAAUGCCUGCUAAAAAUGUUAAACCUACAGUUGUACCUUGGGAAACAGUCAAAGAUAUUAGAGAUGUACUAUUAUCUUCUUAAGAUAUAAAAUAACAGUUAAUUUGCUUUGUUUAUUUUUGUUGCAUCUGAAAUCAUUGUACAGAAUAAAAGUUGAUUAUUUA